AUGGUCAGAUAUGGUGUCUGGUCUGCUAUAGCUAAUGAAACUAGAAUGGCUGCCUCUAUUCUCCGCCUACAUUUCCAUGAUUGUUUUGCUAAUGGGUGUGAAGGAUCUGUCUUGCUUGAUGAUACCGGCACAUUCACAGGGGAGAAGAACGCGACCCCUAAUAAGAAUUCGGCUAGAGGAUUUGAAGUUAUUGACGCGAUAAAGGAAAAUGUUGAGAAAGCUUGCCCAUCUACAGUCUCUUGUGCUGAUAUAUUAACUCUUGCUGCCAGGGAAUCUGUUUAUCUGACUGGGGGUCCUUAUUGGCCGGUGCCAUUGGGUCGUCGAGAUGGCCUAACAGCAAAUGAGACUGCUGCUAACGAGCUCCCAUCACCUUUCGAGCCCUUGGAAAAUAUCACAGCAAAAUUUGUAUCCAAGGGUUUCGAUUUGAAAGAUGUAGUCGUGCUUUCAGGUGCACAUACUAUUGGCUUUGCUCAAUGUUUCACAUUUAAACAGAGGCUUUUCGACUUUGACGGGGCUGGUAAUCCUGAUCCAACACUUGAUGCAUCAUUACUCAGCAAUCUACGUACUGUCUGUCCGAAUCAAAACAAUUCUGAUACAAAUUUGGCUUCCUUGGAUCCUACUACGACAAACAAGUUUGACAACUACUAUUUCAAGAAUCUUGUAAACAAUUCCGGUCUCCUACAGUCGGACCAAGCCCUCAUGGGUGACAAUAACACUGCUUCAUUUGUCAUGAACUAUAGCAAAUUCCCUUUCCUUUUCUCCAGAGAUUUUGGUAUCUCUAUGGUCAAGAUGGGAAAUAUUGGUGUUCUUACAAAACAAGAUGGAGAGAUAAGGAAAAACUGUAGAAUGGUAAAUUAG